UAACUGUUUUUUCUUUUUUUUUUUAUUGUUUUUUUUUUAUUAUUGAAAAUUGGUUUCUAAUUACAAAUGGUGGUGAUGUUAUUUUUUGUUUGCUAUUUUGUAUACUUCGCGAAAUAGGGGGCGGCAUGUUCUGGUAUAAAAUGUUUAACACACUAGUGAAGAUUUUAAAGAACUAGCUGUCUUGUUAUUAUUCCCGUGGCUUAAUCUCUAACCCGAUAUUACGAUAGUAGCCAGACUUGUUUGGAAAUAAUUGUGCUUUCUCAUAAAUAGAAACGUAGUUCAUAUUUUCAUGUAACUGAAACAUUGACUUCGGAAAAAUAUAGCCAAGUGUAGAAAAUGGAAAUGGUACUUCUUUCCAAUCGACGUCAUUAUGGUGGUCGAAGCUGCCAUGUCAUCAGUUCAGGGUUCUUCAAUUUGGAAAAGACGGGCACCUCGUCUGAAUGUAUCGUGUUGGAUUUCCAAUGACAAUGAUGAGGAGGACACUGUUCCGAUGGACUUCAUGGAAUUUAAGAACUAUCGUUCCUACGAAGAACGUGGUCAGGCCGUUGGCGACAAAAAUUUUGUGUCAUCGAACCGUCAUAUUGGACGCGGAAGUCGUAAAAGGGUUAACUUAAUCACCGAUGAAGAAUUUCGCAUAACUGUCGAUCGCAUAGACUCCAUGUGCCAGAAGGAACUAUGGGGUUCUGCAUUGGGGCUCAUCGAUGAGCUGUUGGCGCGAAGAUGUGAUGAAAAAGUUUUCGAAAUGAAGGCUCAGAUCCUCAUGGAGUUGCGUCGAGAUUACGAUGCGAUUCGUUGCUGUGAUGCCUCUAUCAAGCUAAAUCCGCUAUGGUGGGAGGCGCACCAUACACACGCUCGGGCUUUGUUAGUUUUUGGAGAGCCUCACCUUGCCUUAAAAGCCUUUCAAAGGGCUCUUAGGUUAAAUCCCGCAGACGAGGAAGUUUGGAAAGAGCUUCACUGGACCCGAUACAACACUAGUGGCUCAGUCCCCACAGAGAGCAGCGACUUUAAAAAGCUUGUCAAGAAGCGUUAACGGCACAGUAGCCAGUUUAGUGUAAACUUAAAGCUAUUAAUGUCAACAAACUUACGUGUAUAAUAUGUAUUCUGCGUUGUCAAAUGUGAUUAUAACAGUUUUAAGCCGUAUCGAUGCAACAAUAAAUGUGCCGUUUACAUCUGUUUCUGGCUUUAAAUAUUUAGUAUAAAAAUGUAUGAUAUUUUGUGUUUGGCUAAGGGCAUAGCCUCACCAGGCGGAAGAUAUUUUAAAAUUACGUAUUGUUUCUACUAGAUCAAUUCCUUCUAAUUACUUCAGAUACGUAAAAAUGCAGGUUAGCAGAAUAGAUUUCAAGCCAUGAUGAAACAUGCCUAUUAAACCUGAGCACAAGAUCAUCAGUGUAUGAUCGAACUAAAACUGUUGUUUUUGAGGCUUUCAUGAGAUUGAUACUGGAAUCGCCUGAUCGAUAAUACUUAUUUCCAAAUUAUUAUUAUUAUCAUAAUUAUAAAUAUAUAAAUAAAAAUGAAAAAAAAAAAUCAUAAAUUCUACCUUUUUUUCCCUUUGGCUACUUUAGAUUCUUUAGUUAAAACAUUUUUUAAACCUGCACAGUUAUAAACGCGCGUCAACAAAUCAUGAAACUAAUUUUUAAGAAGUCAGAGUUUUCAGUAGACUAUUGUCAAAGUUUCUUAAAAAAAUAAGUACCACUCAUGGGUUAUAUUGCAGUUAUCCUCAUUGACAAGGAACUUCAUUGGCUAAGGUCAAUUUCUCACAGAAGUGAUUACGCUUCUUUUUAAUUUACCGUAAGCUAGUAGAGGUCGAUAUAGACAUUCUACGAGAUUAAAUUAUUAGCUAGAGGUUAUUGGCUAUCGUUAUCAUUGUUUAACAGAUCAAAUACAUGUAUUUAAGAAUAUUCUUUGUCCCUGAUGUAUGAAAAAGUGUAUAGAAAUCUCAGUUAUCAGAUUCAUAUCAAACCAACCGUACGUUCAUGCAAAAAAACAAUAAACGCGCAAUGACUUGAAAAUGGUCAAUAAGUUUUGAGUUUUCUCAUUGCAUUUUAUUAGAUCUAUGGGAUGUAGCAUUUCGACUGUCGAGUAUCUCGCCUAAUCGAUACUAACACGUAUGUUCCUUCCUUACUUAUGCACAGGCUAUUUUUUGACAUCAUGUAUUUAAAUUCUUUUAUUUUGUACGUUUUAGCAAAAUUCCGAUUCCUUUCUAACUCAAGUGCGUAUGGAACCAUUUAUCACACUAGUGCCAUCAAUAGCAACCUGCAGCUUGCCACAAGCCUUCCUUCUUCGGUUGAUUUUCCUCUCGAUCGCUCUUGAAUCAAACUAAAUAGCGUGAUUUUAUUCUUUCAAAUGUGUUUCCGUUAUUCAAAAGCUCGUUCUUUUCGCUUAUCCGACUAAUCAACCAUUUACUGAAAUGGGCUUGUCAAUCGCUACCGUAGGCUUCUGCCAUUCCAUAAAACUUCAUCAUUUAUUAAGCUUUAUCUCGUUUCGUUUGUUUCUUGGUAAACGACAAAAGCUCGAUACGAAAUGCAAAGACGCGUUCAGACCCUCAACUGUGGUCACCUACCACUGCUUAGCUCACUUAGAUUACGUAAAACUCGUGCUAGAUUUCGUUCAUCCUGUGACUAGACGAAAAAUAUGUGUAUCACAUGUCCUCUGUGUUCUAAACUGCUUUCUCUGCAAAGAACUACGCUCUUUCCUGUUUAUAGCGUUUUUAAAGACUACAAUCAACGCCAUCAUUAGCUCUACGUUAUGAAACUGCUAUACGGCACUGCUGGUAUACAACUGCAAUAUUCAUCAAUGUCUAAACACGUAUGCACAGACAGAAUGUUAUCUGUUUCGACCCCAUGUGCUAUUGAUUAUGAGUCCAUUAUUUUACAUAUUCACCGAUGCAAUCAUUCAGGCGGAAGACCUGUAUAUAAAGCCCUGUUGUCCUUAUACUUUAAAUUAUCUACUUCCUAUCCUAAUUCUGUCUAAUAAUGUCGUGUCGUAGAUUCUCUUUGUAGAUAUAUAUAUAUAUAUAUAUAUAUAUAUGAACAAAAUGCUUACUGUUAUAAUCGAAUACAAUGAUGUUACAAUACUUCAUUGACUCCUGUAUCUCUUCUCAGUACGAUUAUCAUUAUCGCACGGAAGCAGUGGCAGCUAACGCAAACCAAGUUCAAUCGGUUGCUUGCGUCCAGAAAUUACUGAUCCUGGAUACAAAACUAUGCCUCCUCUAUAGCCCUCGAGUGCGGUAGAACUGUGUGCUAGACUCUCAUACAUAAGACAUGCUCGUAUUGUUACAUAUAUGUAACAUAUGUAGAAGUAAAAAAUGCAGGAAUUCAACAGUAAUUAAAAUGGUGAACUCGUAUGAAUUAAGUAGUCGACCGACAAAAACACGCACAACAAUAACAGAAUGAUAAUAUUUAGUCAUAUAGUGUGCAAUAAUUAACAAUAAUGAUUAUUAUUAAAAUCAUAUAGUGUGCGUUCUCUAUGCCUUAUAUUCGCGUACUGUUAAGCAAACCAGCCAAUUCAAUUUCACAUAUGUAGCUGUAACUGCAGCUAUGUGGCUUGUGAUUUUGUUGACCUUGAGUGAAAAAGAGUGCCUGGAAAACGUCAGCAGGAAAAACUGUCCUUCGCUACAUUACUGUAUUCACGAACAGUAGCCUAUAAAUGAGGUCUCUAAGGUGAAGGACGUAGCACUAAUUGCAAUAGUACAGUUGAUGCAUAAAUAAACAUUGUUUUGCUGAAGCAUGCCUUUUUGUGGCCGCUGUAGCUGUCCCAGGUGCAGCAGCUGGGAAAGAAUCUUUGAAUUGAAUAACUAAACUUCAAAACUCUCAAUCGUUUUCUCAACUGGCGGCAAUAAUGCGGUACAAAACAACUGGUUCUGCAUUGCCAGACAAAUCGGGUGAGCUCUUAACAAAAAAAAAAGUAAGUAAUGAACUGAGCUAUGGGGUUGUAAAUUGCCAGCAGGAUUAAAUUAUAACCAC